GGACGCUCCCCUGCCUCCGCCUCCUCCCAUCCAAACCAAUCUCCCGUCGAGUCGCACGCGCAUGUAACAAGCGGCCGGAGCAGAAUCCCAACCUCCCAAGCGACUCUGUCCCAUCGUCGUCAGCUAGAGCCGUGGCGAUGGCGGCGGCAGCGGGGAGGAGGAGGCUGCUGCAGCAGCAGUGGGAGGCGCCGCCGCACGUGUCGCGGCACCAGCAGCAGCAGGCGGCGGCGGCGUCGCCGCCGUCGCCGUGGAGCGCGGGGUACCUCAACACGUGGCUGUCGCAGCGCACGCCCGUCUUCGGCCUCCGCCUCUGGGUGCUCAUGGGCAUCGCCGUCGGUGCCGCCAUCGUGUUCGUGCUGCUGCUGCUCUUCCUCUGCCUCUCGCGCCGCCGCCGCCGCCGCGACGUGGCGAGCCUCUACCACCCCGCCGACGCCAAGCCCCUCAAGCAGCAGCACCAGCACGCGCCCACGCCGGCCAAGGACAUCCAGGAGAUCGUGCGCCGGCAGCAGCAGCAGCCGGCGCCGACCCCGCUGCCGCAGCCCGCCGCGGUGCAGAUGGCCAAGGCGGCGCCGGCGCCGCCGCCAGCGCAGACGCUGCAGCAGCAGAGGGCGCAGCUGCCGGCGAUGCCCGCGGGAUCCAAGCGCUCCACGGCGGCCAGCGGCCUGUCGGCCACCACGAGCGGCGGGAGCGAGCGGGACCUGGCCACGCCGAGGAGCGCCGGCAGCGGCGCGGCCGGGCCGGAGGUGUCGCACCUCGGGUGGGGCCACUGGUUCACGCUCCGGGAGCUCGAGGAGGCCACCGACGGGCUCGCCGAGGAGAAUGUGAUCGGCGAGGGGGGCUACGGGAUUGUUUACAGAGGCACGCUGCAAGAUUCCACCAUCAUUGCCGUCAAGAAUCUGCUCAAUAAUAGGGGCCAGGCCGAGAAGGAGUUCAAGGUGGAGGUCGAAACGAUCGGCCGUGUCCGGCACAAGAACCUCGUCAGGCUGCUUGGCUACUGCGUAGAGGGUGCCUACAGGAUGCUUGUCUACGAGUAUGUCGACAACGGCAAUCUCGACCAGUGGCUUCAUGGAGAGAUUGGGGAGGAGAGCCCACUGACCUGGGAUAUGAGGAUGAACGUAAUUAUCGGAACCGCUAAAGGGCUGGCCUAUCUUCACGAAGGGCUGGAGCCGAAGGUUGUCCACCGUGACGUCAAAUCCAGCAAUAUUCUCAUCGACAAGCAGUUUAACGCUAAAGUGUCGGAUUUUGGGCUUGCAAAACUACUGUGCUCGGAGGAAAGCUAUGUUACUACCCGUGUUAUGGGAACUUUCGGCUAUGUGGCGCCUGAAUACGCCAGCACCGGAAUGUUAACUGAGAGGAGCGAUGUAUAUAGCUUUGGCGUUCUUUUAAUGGAGAUUAUAACCGGUAGAUCUCCUGUAGAUUAUACUAGGUCAGCUGGAGAGGUGAACUUGAUCGAAUGGCUGAAGAACAUGGUGUCCGAGAGGAAAGCAGAGGAAGUGGUCGACCCCAAGAUCCCUGAGAGGCCUUCCCCGAAAGCGCUGAAGCGGGCACUUCUAGUCGCCCUUCGCUGCGUCGACCCCGAUGGCCAUAAGCGGCCUAAAAUGGGGCAUGUGAUCCACAUGCUGGAGAUGGAGGACCUAAACCCCCGCGACGACAGGAAGCCCCGAAGGGAUGCGGCGACGGACAGACCCAGCGCGAUUGAGGACGGGAGCCUGAGCAAGCGCGAGAACCAACGGUACAGGUGAUGAUGGCAAGGGCGCAACAACGACGAUGCCCAGCCGGGACAUGAUCUGCGUUUGUGCAGAUGGAUCGCGGGCGGCUUGCUAGAUAUGUACGUACGGUACCAUUAACCAACCAUGUCGUCAUUCCAUUAUUUUUUGGCCCCUGAUUGGAUCUCAUACUUAUGAUAUAUAACCCCCCCCCCCCUUCUUUUUGCUCUUGAUUGUAUUAUAUAUGCGAGCAUCGUUCUAUGACUCUUGAUAUACUUGUUGAAGAACCGCACAAGUGUGGGCUGCUGCUGUGGUG